UUCUGUCCCCUUUAAGAGAAAGCCAUGCGGGAGAUCGCAUUGGACUCUGGGAUAAAAAACAACACAAGCAAAAAAGUACACGAUGCUCAGCGAGUGACUCAUGUUCUUGUGCACAAAUAACCUGUAAACCUGUUCAAAAACUGAUAUUUUCCUGUUCCCAGUGUGUUUGACCACGCACGCAUACACACACAUAUGCACAGAAUAAAAAAUAACUACGACAACUACAAAUGCUUCAUUACAACAACCAAAUGCUGUGAGUUCUACAUCUGGGAAUAAAGAAAAUAACAAACUCCAUGUUAAUGUUAUCUUUAUUGGUAACAUUAAAGUCAAACACAUUGAAUCAAGGAGUCUAAUAUCAAAUCGAGAAGACUAACAUCACAAUCAAGAAAUUAAUAAAGCAAAAAACAGCAACAUGGAUUCAGAGGCAAUUUCCACUCCUGAACAACAACAACAACCACCAAAUCUAAAGCGUCAACGUGGAGUUGCAAAGGCAGCAGUAACACGCUUGAUGACACAAAUUACUUCAGCUAUGAACUGUAACCAGCCCAAAGAAGUAGAAACAAAACUUUCUAAUUUGGAUGAGGCUGUAGCUCAGUUUCAUGAGGUACAUGAUAUGUACCACAAAACAUUAGAAGAUGAUGAUGACCUAGAUGCUUCUAACGGGUAUUUAACAUCAGUCAUGCGUGAUGUACAAGAUUUGCAGCAUACAGUCUUGAGCUGGCUGGAAGAUUUUAAGCUAGAAUCUCCUGAUGCGAUAAAUAUUCAAGAUUCAGUUACUGAUGAAAUUGUGAAGUCUCCUAUAUCCUUUGCAGACCAACUAUCUAAUCAGCUACAGGAGCUACAUAAACUCAGGCAAAAGGAAAAACAGGAGUUUUCUAUGCUUAUGGCCCAGCAGGAAGAACGCCUUCGUGCAGAGUUUAAAUUACAGCUUCAACAUACAGAGCUUAAAAUGGAUGAACACGGAGUCAAGGAGCCAGAGUUAACGACAGUAAACAAGGACUUUUCAACACCUGUUUCAGGUAACCCGCCCCUUAACUUUCGUUCAUCAUUCUCAACAGUGAAUGAAAAUUCUCUGAGUCAACUUCUAGAGCUGUCAAAGCAACAAUAUCAGUCACAUAUCGACUCCAUGCAUCUACCACCUGUUGACAUAAUCAAGUUUGAUGGAGAGCCUUUGAAGUAUUGGCAGUUCAUGAAAUUAUUCAAUUCUGUGAUUGAUAAAGAGACAGUGCCUGACCAAGAGAAGCUAACUCGACUGUAUCAGUACACAGUGGGGCAAGCUAGAGAUGCCAUUUCACAUUGCUUGUAUAAUCCUGAUUCGAGCUUGGGUUAUGCAAAUGCAAUGGCUAUUCUGAAAAAACGUUUUGGCAAUCCAUAUGCAAUAUCGCAGGCAUGGGUAGACAAAGUACUCAACUACAAAGAUAUUAAAGACAACAAGCAGUUACAGAGCUUUGCGGACAUUUUGUGCAGCUGCCGGGACACUUUGAAAGCGAUGAAGUGUGAGGAGGAGUUAAAUGGUGGACGCACUUUGCUGCAAAUUGUGGAAAAGCUGCCUGAGGAUCUAAAGAAAAGAUGGCUCACAAUAAACUACGAGAUCAUCAAUGCUGGACGUAUGCCAAAGCUGGAUGACAUAGUCAGUCUUGUGGAAUCAGAAGCCGCUAAGAGGGCGGAUCCUAUCUACGGAAAACUUCUUAGCCCUUCUAAUCGAAGUUGUCUACCAAACUCUAAAUCAAACGCUAAAUCAACUUUCAACAAAAAAAGGCAGACAUUUGCAGUGACAGCUACUAAUGAACCCACUACUUCAUUCACACCAAAAACAGCAAUAAGGUUUAAAUGCCCAAAAUGCACUGAUGGACAUUUUCUAAACCAGUGUCAAGCCUUCAGAGCUCUGUCAGUACAAGAGCGGUUGAUCUUUGUCCAACAGCAAAAACUCUGCUUAAACUGUUUCAUGAAAGGUCAUCAAAGCUCAGUCUGUACUCGCAGCUGGGUAUGCAAGGUGCCUGGAUGUGGUAAGAAACACAAUAGCUGGCUGCACUCAGCCCUGGUGACAUCUAAUAACACAGAUUACAGACAAUCUACAAACCAGGAAUCCAGAGAUGAUGCAGUUGGUGAUUCACCACAAACAAUCCAAGCACAUGCCACCAGAAAGUGCACUGAAUUUAGUAAAAAAAAGAUUGCACUUCCUAUACUGCCAGUAGUUGUUUCAGACAUGCACAAUCAAUUCUCAAUGAAUGUAUUUGCUUUGCUAGACAGUGGCUCCAAUGGUACAUUUGCUUCCAAAAAACUAGUCCAUGCUCUAAAAUUGGAAUCACGCAAAGUGAACAUUAAACUGAACACUAUGGAGACCAAAAAUCUUAAUGUAGUCACCAUGGCAGUGGAUCUGUGUGUCGAAGAUGCACAACGAAGAAAUUCUUUUCAAAUGAAGGGAGUGAUCUGUCGGGAUCAUCUGAAUAUAAGUCUCGAUAACCUUGUCACUCAACAGGAGGUGUUUCAGUGGCCACAUCUACAAGAAAUCGCAGAUGAAAUCAGCCUACCUGACAUUGAUCUAUCUGAUGAAGUUCACCUGCUGAUUGGACUAGAUCAGCCUGACAUUCUUGUUCCCCGUGAGACACGCUGCGGUGAGUCAGGUGAGCCGUAUGCAGUUUUAACUGGUCUGGGGUGGACGCUUCAUGGACCAAUAUCUAAUGGUUCCACAACUAUAUCUGCCAAUUUCAUACAAGCAGAUAACUCACUGCAACAAGCUGUUGAAAGAUUCUGGAAACUUGAUGAUCCAGUACAUGUGAACAAUAACUCAAUGUCUAUAGUCGACAAACAAGUGGUGGAGCUGUGGAAAAAACAAGCGGUUAAAGAGAACGGUCAUUAUACACUUCCCAUACCCUUCAAGGAACACCCACCUCGACUCCCAUGCAACUAUGCAAUGGCUAAACAUCGACUGGACCUUCUGGGAAGGAGGUUAAAGAAGGAUCCAGAUCUACAACAAAAGUACAUAGAUGGUAUCUGUGACUCUCUGCGUAAAGGCUAUGCGGAGGAGGUUGUUGACAUUAACAGAGACGAUGGGUGGGUGUGGUACCUUCCACAUCAUCCGGUGCUACAUCCACGAAAGCCAGGAAAGAUUAGGAUUGUCUUUGACUGUGCUGCACGAUACCAAGGUGCUUCAUUAAAUGACUGCAUUCACCAGGGCCCAGACCUUACUAACAAGCUGCUUGCUGUUCUUCUAAAGUUUAGACAAGAUCCCAUUGCUUUAAAUGCUGAUAUUGAAAGCAUGUACUACCAAGUCAAGGUGCCACCACAAGAAAGAGAUGUGCUUCGUUUCCUGUGGUGGGAGGAUAAUGAUCCUGACAAACCACCUAAACACUUUCGAAUGACCGCUCAUCUUUUCGGAGGUGUUUGGAGUCCUAGUGCUGCCAAUUUUGCUAUGCAGAAAGUCACAGAAGACAAUUGUGAAAGGUUUUCUGAUGAUGCCUUGGAAACUGUGAGACGAAAUUUCUAUGUCGAUGACUGUCUCAAGUCACUAUCAACUGUAAAUGAUGCCAUUAAACUUGCUUCUGAACUCCGUGAGCUCCUCAGCUGUGGAGGCUUUAGGCUAACUAAGUGGUUGAGCAAUUCCAAGGAAGUCAUGAAAACAAUUCCAGCUGAACUGUGGGCCAACUCAUUGCAUGAGGUCAAUCUCGAUCAGGAGGACUUACCAUAUGAACGAACACUAGGCGUCCUUUGGGAUGUAGAAAGAGACUGUUUUACAUUCGAAGUCAAGACAGUUGAUAAGCCUGCAACAAAGAGAGGAAUUUUGAGCACUACCAGUUCCAUCUUUGAUCCUUUAGGAUUCGCUAGCCCAUUUGUGCUCAAAGCAAAGGCAAUCUUUCAAGAGCUGUGCCGCAGAAAAGUUGAUUGGGAUGAGGAAAUACCAGCAGAUGUAGUAACACAGUGGCGCAGAUGGUUAAAUGACUUGCCUCUGCUCUCGGCGUUGACAAUUCCAAGAUGUCUUAGAUCAAUAUCCACCAGUUGCUUGUCACCGAUUCAGCUCCAUCACUUUUCUGAUGCUUCAGAAUUGGCUUAUGGUGCAGUUUCUUACAUCAUGAUGGAUGAAACUUGUAGGCUUGUAAUGUCGAAGGCCAGGCUUGCGCCUAUCAAACCCAUUAGCAUUCCACGAUUGGAGCUACUAGCAGCGGUAGUGGCUACAGAGCUGGAUCAGAUUAUCAAGCAUCACUUGGAAAUCCCAAUUGGAGAAACUUUCUUUUGGACGGACAGUACAAUUGUACUUCAGUACAUUAACAACAAACACUGUCGUUUUCAGACUUUUGUUGCUAAUAGAGUUGCAAAAAUACUUGAACGUUCUGAACCCAGUCAAUGGAGACACAUUGACUCUGCUUCUAACCCUGCAGAUGAUGUCUCUCGCGGGAUGACUGUGGGAGACAUCUUAUCAAGUAAACGAUGGGUGUCUGGUCCACAAUUUCUUCUGCAUGAGAAGGAACACUGGCCUAUCCAACCUGAUGUGAAUAAAUUACCAGAGGAAGCAGAGAUCAAGCGAACUAAAGACGUGUAUGCAGCUAGCAUAAGUUCCAACCAGGUGACGAAAAAUGCAAUGGAUAGACUUCUGGAACAGUAUUCCAGUUGGCACAGAUUAAAAAGGGCUACUGCUAUCUUGUUGCGUCUCAAAACCUUGUUGCGCAAAAAAGCCAAUGAGCAUCUUUCUGAUCCAAUCACUGUUGAUGAGCUACAAGAGGCAGAAUUAGCCAUUCUUAGCUAUAUACAAACGAAAUCUUUCGGAACCACUCAAACAAAAAACAAUUCUCUUGCCAAGCUUAAGCCGUAUCAGGAUGAUAACGACCAACUACUUCGUGUAGGAGGGAGACUAACAAAUGCCCCAAUUCCCUUUGAGGCUAAACAUCCAAUAAUUCUGCCUAACAAUCACCAUGUCACCUCUCUGAUUGUGAAUCACUACCAUCUUCGCUUGGGACAUGCAGGAACAGAAAGAGUGCUCAGUGAAAUUCGACAACGUUUCUGGAUUCUGAAAGGCAGAGUUGUCAUUAAUCAAUCUCUCAAGUCAUGUCUGCAGUGUCGAAAACUUAGAGCUAAACCUCAGGACCAACAAAUGGCAGACUUGCCUGACUCUAGAGUGACACCAAGCGAGCCUCCAUUUAGUCGUGUAGGCAUUGACUACUUCGGACCUUUCUUGAUUAAAAGGGCACGUAGUGAGAUCAAGAGAUAUGGAUGUUUGUUCACAUGCCUUACUACAAGAGCAAUCCAUCUAGAAAUUGCGCACAGCCUUGAUACGGAUUCAUUUAUCAAUGCCUUACAAAGGUUCAUUGCUAGGAGAGGCCCACCCACUGAAAUACGAUCUGAUAACGGAACUAAUUUCGUGGGGGGAUUGAGAGAAUUGCGGAAUGCUAUCAGAGACUGGAAUCAGCUAAAAAUUUCAGAUUAUUUGCUGCAAAACAGUGUAAAGUGGAUAUUCAAUCCACCUGCUGCCUCCCACAUGGGUGGUAUUUGGGAGCGACAAAUACGUACUGUUCGUUCUGUUCUCAACACUGUCUUGUCACAGCAGACACCAGAUGAUGAAGGUUUGGCAACAUUGUUUUGCUGCGUUGAGUCUAUUGUCAAUGGUAGGCCAAUCACUAAACUUUCAGAUGACCCAUCAGAUCCUCUACCACUUACACCAAAUCAUUUGCUGUUACUUCGUUCCGGUCCAACUCUACCUCCAGGAGCUUUUGUGAAACAGGAUCUUUACCGACGCAGAUGGCGUCAGGUUCAAUAUCUGGCUGAUGUCUUCUGGGCCAGAUGGAUCAAAGAGUAUUUGCCUGCUUUACAGCAACGUCAGAAAUGGCACCAACCAAAGAGGAACCUAAAAGUUGGAGAUCUUGUGCUUAUCUUGCAUGAACACACACCACGAAAUCACUGGCCUUUAGGACUGCUUACUCAAGUUUACCCAGGCGCGGAUGGACUUGUGCGUACUGUGGAAGUGAAAACACAAGCAGGAAUCUUUACUUGUCCAGUGGACAAAAUCUGUCUUCUGGAGGCCAAUUUUUUCACCAAUGACAGUUAAGUUUAGGACACAACCCUUUUCUCUGUUCUUAAAUGACCUUUGAAAGGGUCAUUGGGGCCCGGGAUGUUGGGUUCUGUCCCCUUUAAGAGAAAGCCAUGCGGGAGAUCGCAUUGGACUCUGGGAUAAAAAACAACACAAGCAAAAAAGUACACGAUGCUCAGCGAGUGACUCAUGUUCUUGUGCACAAAUAACCUGUAAACCUGUUCAAAAACUGAUAUUUUCCUGUUCCCAGUGUGGUAAGAAAGUUUAAUGUUUGUUUUGGUAUCACUUUGUGAAGUUUGAAUAGUCUGUUUGAGAUCGCUAAGUAAAGUUAGCGCCUAAGCGCCUAAUGUGAU